AUGAGCGGCUUCUUCCGCUACGUGCUGAGCGCGCGGUGGAUGGCCGGCGCCGACGUUGUUGCCGAGCUGCUCGGCCUGCCUGAGAAGAUGCGUGUGUGCGACUGCAUGAUCACCGGCGAGGGCUCCUUUGACGAGCAGACCAUCCGCUACAACAAGACGCUCGGGCGCCUUCUGCAGUUGGUGGUGCUGGAGAACCUGCGUCGCCGCGAGCGCGGGCAGGCGAUCCUCGGCGACGUCAUUGUCGUGUGCGGCAGGACGUCGUACCGUGACGCGGAGGAGGUGCGGAGCGUGCUGAUCGACCACAUGCGCGUGCAGAAGGAGUACAAGAGCGACGACGCCAGCCUCGUCGCUGCGGUGCCGCGCGUGCACCUGCUGCCGCUCACGCCGCGCCACUUCACGGUGCCGGAGGCGCUGGGCAACGCCGGUGCGUGUGUGGAGAAGCGCAUCAUGUGGUACGUUUCCGGCACCGAGGGCGACGCGCCGCACGUGGCGACGACGCCGGCACGGAAGUGCUCCGCGAAGCUGUAG